UUUUUUUCUGUGUAUUUCUUUCCCCAAAAACUUUGAACUUACAGGAAAAAAAACACUGUUAAAUUUGUCUUCUCCUUCCUCCAAAACCAUUCUUUUCAAGUUUGGGAAUAAAAAAGAAAACUGAAAAUGGAAAGAAAUCAAGAAAUUGCAUUGACCCAAAUGAGGAAAUCAGUUGAAAAGCUUGGAUCUUCCACUGAUAGUUAUGGAGAGAAGACAUUGAUGAGGUUCUUGAUUGCAAGAUCAAUGAACCCAGAGAAAGCUGCAAAGAUGUUUUGUCAGUGGAAAAAAUGGAGGGCUGAAAUGGUUCCACUUGGGUACAUCACUGAUUCUGAAGUUGCAGAUGAAUCAGCAGCUGAAAAAGUUUAUUUGCAGGGAUUGUCCAAGAAUGGGUAUCCUGUUUUGAUAAUCAAAGUUAACAAGCAUUUUCCUUCCAAGGAUCAAGUUCAAUUCAAGAAAUUCGUGGUUCAUGCACUAGACAAAACAAUUGCAAGUUUGUUCAAAGGUAGAGAAAUAGGAAAUGAGAAAUUUAUUGGAAUUCUUGAUCUCCAGAAUAUAACCUAUAGCAAUGUUGAUGUUCGUGGAAUGAUCACUGGUUUUCAGUUUUUACAGGCAUACUACCCUGAGCGCUUAGCUACUUGUUACCUUUUACACAUGCCACAAUUCUUUGUCACCAUAUGGCGAUUUAUUUGUCGCUUCCUUGAUAAAGCAACUCAACAGAAGAUGAGGAUUGUCAUAAGUGAAGAACAAAAGGAAGAGUUCAUCAGAGAGGUCGGUGAAGACAUCUUACCAGAGGAAUAUGGAGGGCGUGCUAAACUUGUACUUCUGCAGGAUGUUGCUGUGAACCACUAUCACAAAGUAGAGGAAUAAUAGAAAUGUGAAAUAAGAUGAAAAAGAAUAGCUUCAUAGACAUACUACUAUAGAGUACUAUUUAUGUUUCUAAAAGUUUUACAUCUUGUUUACUUCUAGUCAUACUAGAUGGAGGUUGACCAGAGACGGCCACAAGGUUUGCCUAGAAGCAGUCACUCUUGAAAGAAUGCGUAAUAGUGGCCCGUGACGGACCCAUUCUAGUCAUACUAUGUCUCCGAGCACGGGCCCGACAUGUGUAAUUCUUAUGAAAAUUUUUUCUUAGUUCUUUUGAGGUAAUACUGAUAAUAAAAAAAGAUAGUUGUACCUCUACAAAGUGUCAUUGUAUUUUCUUUUCAAUAAUACUGGAAA